AUGUGGCAGCCUUUAGCAGCAGCAUGCUGGAUGCUUCUUCUUGGAUCUUCAUGUGGUGAGAGCAAGAAAAGAAGCAUCACAAAUCCUGAAGCUAACAUGAAUAUUAGCCAGAUUAUUUCCUACUGGGGCUAUCCUACUGAACAGUAUGAUGUCGUGACAAAAGAUGGUUAUAUCCUGGGAAUUUAUAGAAUUCCUCAUGGAAGAGCAUGUUCAAAUAGAACAGCUCCCAGACCUGUUGUGUACUUGCAGCAUGGCUUACUGGCAUCUGCCAGCGAAUGGGUUUGCAACCUGCCCAACAGUAGCUUGCCCUUCCUUCUGGCAGAUUUUGGUUAUGAUGUGUGGCUGGGGAACAGCCGGGGAAACACCUGGUCUAGAAAACACUUGACGUUGUCACCCCAAUCGCAGGAAUACUGGGCAUUCAGUUUGGAUGAAAUGGCUAACUAUGACCUUCCAGCCACGGUCGAUUUCAUCACAGAGAAAACUGGACAGAAGCAGCUCUUCUAUGUGGGCCACUCCCAAGGCACGACCAUAGCUUUCAUAGCGUUCUCUACAAAUCCAGAGCUGGCUAAAAAGAUCAAGAUAUUUUUUGCAUUGGCUCCAGUCGUCACCGUGAAAUACACCCACACCCCCCUGAAAAGAUUAACAUCUCUUUCCAGCAAAGCAAUUAAGGCUUUCCUUGGUGACAAAGUAUUCUCUCCUCAUACAUUUUUCAACCAAUUCAUCGCCACCAAGGUUUGCAGCCAGAAGCUGUUCCGCCGUAUGUGUAGCCGCUUCAUAUUUACUCUAAGUGGAUUUGAUCCAAAAAACCUAAACAUGAGUCGCUUAGACGUUUAUUUGGCGCAGUUCAUCAUGGGAACCUCUGUCCAGAACAUGCUGCACUGGUCUCAGCUUGUUAAUUCUGGCCAGCUCCAAGCUUUUGAUUGGGGAAGCCCAAACCAGAACAUGAAGCACUUUAACCAGCACACACCGCCCAUAUACAAUGUUAGUAAGAUGGAAGUUCCGACAGCAGUGUGGCAUGGUGGACAAGACAUUGUGGCCGAUCCCAAAGACGUUGUAAAUUUACUCCCUAAUAUUUCCAACUUUAUUUUUUACAAGCUUAUUCCCCACUACAAUCAUGUGGAUUUUUACCUUGGAAAAGAUGCACCACAAGAAGUUUACCAAGACAUAAUUAGUUUGAUGGAACAAUGUUUGCAAAAUUGA